UGCCAUCUAGCUGUCCCCGGGUUUGAAUUUGACCAUUGACAUGCACUAGCUGAGCUUCUAGGAGAGCUCCUUUACCUUGAGCCUCAAGUUUAUUAGCCUAUUUCCCCCCAAAUUGGGACAAACACCCCAGGAAAGAACUGUUGAAGUGUGGAUUCUUGUUAUUAUUACCUGUCUCAUACAGUAAUUAAUGAAAACACCAUCAUCUACAAAGAUACAUUUAAAGGGAACUGCUUGAACUCAUUCUUUUUGCCAUUUUUUAGGCUUUAUUCACUAUAUAAAGUAGUACCUUAUUUUAUUUUCUGUCUCCUUCAAGUUCUAAUACUCCAAAAUUAGGUGAUCUAUAUCCAUGUCCUUAAUGGCUUUAUGCCGUCUGGUUGUAUUUGGUUCAGAAAACUAUAUCGAAUAAUAAGCUUUCCCAGUAUGUUUGUAUUAAGUGUAUAGUAGGUUAGUAUUUGUUAAAUUCUUAAGUUAGUGAUAAAAAGUUAGAGAAAUCUAUCUAUUCAGUGAAUCAUAUUUCCUAAUAUCUUAAAACUCAGAAGAAAAGUCAUGGAAAUUACUUUAUUGUUUUGAUGCUUUUAGUUGCCGCUUUUGGACCUAUUCCAUUUUGCCCAUUAUUAAAGUAUGGUAACCGAAAUUGUAUCUAGGAGUUGCCCUCAGAAGAUUAGGGUUGGGAAACAGUGGAUAGUCAGACCAUUAGGGAAUUGUAGGAAAGACUUUUUUAACUCUUUAAUUACUUGAGAAGCUCAGACUAGACUGCAUAGGAAUUACUCUCAGCUCCAUAUUUGUGAUCCUUUAGUUGUAUUAUCCCAUAAUUAUGAGCUGGUUUCUUGAUAUUAUUGAGGACAUGUGAAUUAAAGACAUGGAAUGAUGUGUCUUGGCCAGAAAAACCUCCCCUUUCUUUACCAGUUAAAGUUUUGUUUGUUUGUUUUUUUUGCUUAUUUUAGGAAGGUACCGUGGUACAAGAAAAAGUGCACUGACUCUGGAGUCAGAGGACCUGGGUUCAAAUCUUACCCAUGAUGCUUACCUGUGUAACCUUCGCACAACAGAUUUGUCCUGGACUGUAAAGACAAAGAGCCUGACGUCCUAUUUGUGGGAGACUCAAUGGUACAAUUGCUACAGCAGUAUGAGAUAUGGCGAGAGCUUUUUUCCCCCCUUCAUGCACUGAAUUUUGGGAUUGGUGGUGACACCACAAGGCAUGUCUUAUGGAGACUGAAGAACGGAGAACUGGAAAAUAUUAAACCUAAGGUUAUCGUUGUCUGGGUAGGAACAAACAACCAUGAAAAUACAGCAGAGGAGGUAGCAGGUGGCAUUGAGGCCAUUGUACAGUUGAUUAACACAAGGCAGCCGCAGGCCAAAGUCAUCGUACUGGGUCUUCUUCCUCGAGGUGAAAAGCCUAAUCCUUUGAGGCAAAAGAAUGCAAAGGUAAAUCAGCUCCUCAAGGUCUCACUGCCCAAGCUUGCCAAUGUUCAGCUCUUGGAUACAGAUGGGGGCUUUGUGCACUCAGAUGGUGCCAUCUCCUGCCACGACAUGUUUGAUUUCCUACAUCUCACAGGAGGGGGCUAUGCAAAAAUCUGCAAACCCCUCCAUGAACUGAUCAUGCAGUUGUUGGAGGAAACGCCUGAAGAGAAGCAAACCACACUUGCCUGACUGGCUCCCAUCAGUGUUAACAGCAUCACAGCCUCAUCUGAUCAGUUAUAUCACUGGCACUACAGAAUCCUUCUCUUUCUUAAAGCACUUUCCAUUUUAGAAUGUUCCUGGAUGUUCAUAUCUAGUGUUUGAAGGGGAGGGGGGAUUUAAACUGGUCUUGUACAUAAAAAGGUU